UGGAGUGGUUUCCUAAAAAUGGAUGUCAUCCUGUUGGUAUUUUUCCUUACCCUUGGAAUUAUACAAGCCCAUGCUGAAGAGGUAUGCUUCGACGAUGUCGGUUGCUUCGCCGACGAUCCGUGCCACAUUCGCGGCUUCCCACCACGAUCGCCCGACACCAUCAACACUCGCUUCCUCCUCUUCACCCGGUCGAACAGGGACGAUUACCAGGAGCUGAGCCGACACGAUGUCGACGGUCUUCGGGCGUCGAACUUCGACCCGAAGAGGACGACGAAGAUGUUCGUGCAUGGAUGGUGGGCGAAUGGUCUAGAUCCCGAAGAGCUGGAGAGAAAGGAUGCCUUCCUUGAAAUGGAGGAUGCUAAUGUCAUCGUGGUUGACUGGCAGAGGGGUGCGGCGGAGCCCCUCUACGGGGUAGCUCAUCAGAACACCCGGGUAGUCGGGCGAGAGAUCGGGCUUCUAGCUCGCUUCCUCAACCUCGAGACUGGGAUGUUCUUCAAGGAUGUUCAUCUGAUAGGGAUGAGUCUCGGUGCGCACGCGGCAGGGUAUGCUGGCGAGAAUCAGCCUGGAUUUGGGCGGAUUUCAGGUCUCGACCCCGCUGGUCCAUUCUUCCGCGACGAGGGCUUCGAAUUCCGUGACAACGGACCAGAGUGUCGCCUCGACCCCACGGACGCCAUCUUUGUUGACGUCAUACACACCGAUGCCAAUGAAAUCACAGGACUUGGACAGAUGCUUCAGCUGGGACAUAUAGACUUCUACCCGAACGGUGGACGCAGGCAAGCCGGGUGCAACCGCGCGGACCUCUUCUCGGGAUGCAGUCAUUCGCGGUCAUGGAAGCUUUUUACCGAGAGUAUCCGGUCUGCGUGCAGCUUUACCGCGUACCCUUGCGAGAGCUGGGCUCAGUUCGUGGCCGGGAACUGCGUUGAUUGCGGUGCACGCGGUUGCCCUAUCAUGGGUUACCGCGCUGACGAAAGCACUGCGGUGACCGGCAAAUUCUACUUGUACACAAAUGGGGAGCGUCCAUAUUGCAUGGCGGACUAGUUAACCAAUGAUAUACAUGUAUUUGAAUUAAGAUCGUUAUAUCGUAAUUUCGAUUUUCAUUUUAUUUCAUUAUGUCGAAUCAUAGUUUCGAUGAAUCUUCAACAUGUUUAAGAUAUCUCAAUGGAAAUUAUUGGAGAUA